AUUCUUGGUUAUUUUUAUCAUCAACGGUUUUUCAAUGGACAAGAAAAUAAGAACGUGGCAAAGUGGUAGAGAUCGAGAAAUAUGGGGAGCAGAGAAGCGGAAAUGGAAAUGGCAGCAGCUCAACCAUGCCCUUGUUCUUCCUUCAUCUUCUUCACCCAUAAAUCCCACCUCCAUAAUUUCAUUCAUUUGCCACUUUGCCCUCUCUCUUACUCUCAUUUACGCCGUCGUUUCAGCUCAUGUGCAGCCAGAGAUAGCAGCAGCAGCAGUAGAAGGAGAAGAAGCAAAUGGGACCCUAAUGCUGAGAAUAUUCGUGCCAAAGGCUUCAGCUUCAACACCCAAAACGAUGGCGACGACGAAGAAAGAGAUGAUUAUUAUGAAGAAAUGGCAAAUUCCGGGAUUUUGGACGAAGCGAUUGAUAGCAUUUGGAUUUUGAAGGUUUUCAAAUCCUUUGGUUGGACGCUACCAGUCAUUUUACUUUCCUUCUUGUUUGCCACUGGCCCAAAAGCUUUCCUCAUGGCAUUAGCCCUUCCACUUGGGCAGUCAGCAAUAACUAUGGCACUUGAAAGGUUUUGGGAAGGUCACAAAACAAGCAGAAGCGUAAGGUCAGGGUAA